AUGCCUUGUCAACCAGGUUCAUACAACGAGAAUUAUGCCCAGUCUGUUUGCAGCGCGUGCCCUAUCGGAAGAAUGUGCCCAACAUUUGGUCUAUUAGUCCCAAGAAUGUGCCCUGCAGGAUACGUCUGUGAUGAAGCUGGAAAGGCAACUUGGUCCAAACUGUGCCCAGCAGGAUACUGGUGCGUCGAGGGGACCGUUACUUCCAAUGCAUCGUCUGCACUUACUCCUAGACCGAUGCCUUGCAGUCCUGGAACAUACUGUUUGAUGGGCGUUUCAACAAAUAAAACUGUCCCAGGCAAACUCAGCACGCCGCAGGUCUGUGUUCAAGGCACAUACUGCAAAUCUGCGACAGGUUCACCGCAAGGAACGGCUCCAUGUCCUCCUGGUUACUUUUGCGGUUCGGGUGUGUCGUCUCCAACUCCAGCUAAUCCUGGAUACUAUGUUGCAAGAUCUGGUUCGGUCAUUCAAGUACCAUGUACUCCAGGAUUUUUUGCGCCUACAUCGGCGACAAUCCGAUGUCUCGAAUGUCCAGCUGGAUACACCUGCGCUGCUGAUGGGACUGUGUUUCCAAGUCCAUGUCCAGCAGGCACAUAUCGCUCUGCAAUUGAUGGAGUAAGUUGUAUUUUUUGUCCUACUGGAACAUGGUCAAGUCGGGUCGGUCUGACGGACGAGUCUCUUUGUGAGCCGUGUCCACCAGGAGUCGUUUGCAGCGUUGCUGGUAUGACCAAUCUGAGUAUGAGUUCACCCUGUCCCGAGGGG